CAUGUAAUUAAGGUCACAAGAGAGAACAAAGCAUUAAAGAUCUAUUACAGUUGAAGCCAAAGACAAUCAAAAUGAUAUUUCCUUUGAAAUGCGUUAUCUUUCAAUUAGCUUAUCUACAUGCAAGAGGAUGUGCUAACUUAGUUCUCUUAUCAAAACCUGUGACAUUUGGAGGAAAAGUACAGCUUGCAUGUACAGCCUAUGAAACGGAAAUUCCUCUUGAUACACAGUACAGUCGAAGUUGGUCUGGCGGACCUGACAACAAGUUGUUGUGUAAGGAUGGUAUUUCUGCAGAUGUUUCGAAAUAUAAAGAAGUACUAGGAGAAGAUUACUCGCAGUACAUCCUAGAAAUAGAAAGUUUUUCUGAGUCUGACGUAGACUGUGAAUAUAAAUGUGUUUUUGGUGUAGAUACAACACGAACAACACUAAAACUCAACGAGAAGGACUAUGAAUAUAUUCCAGGAAAAGACACAACUGUGGUCACUUCAAGCUUGCAAAAUGGACAUUUAAAUGUCAACAUAUUUUUUGUGAAAGUAUGGCCAACACCAGUAUGUGAAGUCAUAUUUGAGAGAAUCAACUUUGGAAAACGUAUGGAAAUGUCGAAAAGGAAAAAUGGUAAACUAUAUUCUGCGAAUAUUAGUCUAAAACAUGUCUUCAGAAGUGAUUUUUGUAGUGGUGACAUGUUGAUUUCCUGUAAGAUUGGUACCAAAACCAUUGAGGUUCAUAGAAAACAAUUCAAUACAUGUCCAGUUAACGUUAAGAACAGGAACAGGAACGUCAUAAGCGAAAAAGCACUUACAACAUUGAUAAUUGCUGUUUCCAUGUUUGUUGUCAUGGUUUGCAUUAUUCUUUUAGCUGUGUUGUUAAAACAAAAAGGUUACAUAACGUCCAUGUUCGAAGUUCUGUUUGGAUAUCCUAGCAGCGCAUUCAUAGGAAUAUCAACCUUGAAGAAAUCAUAUAUUAGAUAUGUGCCGCCACAACAACACCCAGUUUGAAAAACAAAUAUGAUUUCUAUGUUAUUUUAUUUAUGAACUAUUACAGUCCAUAUCAAUUUAUAACUUUUACCAGGGGUAAAUGAAAAAUUUCUAAAUUUUUCCGAAAUAUAUAAAUAUGCUACUUAUUUUUCAUAACAUUUCCAUUGUGUAAGGAACUUCUCUGCAGUCUCGUAGAUGUGUGUGCAGGAGAUCGUCAGUUUGAUAGCUGGCUUGGUUAAACCAAAGACAUAUUGGUAUUUGCUGUGGUAUUCAGGAUCAGAAAAAAGACUGGUCAGUCGAAGUAUUGUGUCUGCACUUGUGAUAUAUCGUCCUUUUGACCGUUGCUUUGUGAACUUACACGUUAAGCAUCCAACUAAGCGUCUCAGUGUAGCGCAAACCAUGAUAUGUUAUAACCAAGGUGAUAAUAAUACUGCGUUUAUGUCACAUGUGUGACAAACAUUUAACAGGUCGGGACCACCAGGUUUCUGACGUCAGAAUACAUUUGCAUAGUGAUUUCCAAAAUACAAAAUGUAAACUUGCCCCUGGGAAAUUGACCAAUCGAUUGUAGGCUACUACGUGUUUAGUUUAAGGAAUUUGUGAGUCCUUAAUGCUCUUCAACUUCGUACUUUACUUUGUUUAGCCUUUUAACCUUUUUGAUUCGAGCGUCACUGAUGAGUCUUUUGUAGACAAAACGCGCGUCUAGUGUACAAAAUUUCAAUCCUGGUAUCUAUGAUGAGUUUAUUUAUUAUUUAUUCAGAGCCAUGGAAAUUGUUGAAAAGUGUCAUUUUGUACUGUUUUUCGGAAUCUCGUGUUUUAUUUUUUUGUUCAUCUACUGUAAUACAUGUAAUGUAUAUAGCAUAAUCUUCAAUGUUCAUACUCAGAUUAAAAAUAUUGUUGGCUUCAG